UAAAAGUUGAAGGCGCAUAAUUUCUUGCAAGAGAGCGUCAAAUAGACAAAUUCUAAUCAUACAGUUUUUUCGUCAUUAAAAAGAUAAAAACAAAUAUUUUUAACCGAGUUUUUAAAACAAAUUCGUUGAUAUUUAUUCUCUCUACUUUUUACUGUCGUUUGAAUAUUGUGACUUAUAAACUCUUAAUUAUGCUGAAUGUUUAAUCUGCAGACAAAUGUUUGUCUAUAAAAGAAUUUUUAAAAUUCUUAUUUUCACGAAAAAAAAUAUAACAAACGUACUUGUCACGCUUUAACACUCAAUAAAUUAUUUAUUCGAAGUUGUCACAAAAAAAUUCCAAGUUUCUUCUUCAUGAAGUUGGUUACAGUUAGUGGACAAAUGAAAACAAGAAAACCUUAAGAAUUUUUCAGUUUCAUUUAAUUCUUAAACGUUCAACGUUCAAGUUGUUUAUAAAGGUGGAAUUAUUAAAGAAUAAAUCAUGGGCGAAAAAAUUUUACAAGAAAUCUGUUCUAUGUUAGACACUUACACUGGACGUGACAAGAUUGUCAGAACUCUAUGCUAUACAACAAAACUGGUGUCGGCUAUUCAAGCUGAGAAAGGAAAUGACGAUUUAUCAAAGAAAUUUGCAAUUUUCUCAACAAAGAUGUCACAAACACGAGCCAACUUAAGAUUAUUUGACGACAUUCCAAUGAUCCAAUACACUAAAGAAUAUGGAUGGGGAGAUAAAGAGCCGGAUCAACUGAUGGCAGUUAUUGGUGUGCUAACAAAUGUCAUCGAUCAUCUUUACUAUCCAGUUGAUAAAAUUUGUUGGCUCAUUGAACAAAAAAUCAUCGAAUCAAAGAAACCUGAACGUUGGGAUACAAUCAACUCGAUUCUUUGGGUUUCGUCGAUCUAUUUAAAUCUAAUGAAGACAAUUCGAUUAGUUCAAGUCAUGCGCCUGCAUCGAGAAAGCAUUGACAAAGUUGAGAAUGAAAACAGUGUCGCUCUUAAUAAACUCGAAGCGAAGGAACGAAUGGAAAAGAUCAGCAUUUUAAGAUUGACGCUUGAUUUUGUUCAUGCAGCUUCAACACUUCCACAUGGUUGGUUAUGGGGCGGAAAAUUCUCAAAUCUAACUGUUGGUGCAAUUGGAUCAACGUCAAGUCUUAUCGGUCUAUAUCAGUAUUUUGCUAAGAAGAAGUUAGCAAGAAACUAAAGUCGAAUUACCUACCAAACGGUUUGUUAAGUGCCUUUUGCAAUUGCCAAAAACUUAAGAUAUUAAAUGAAUGAAAGCUGGAAAGGAAGAAAGUUGCUGAAUAUUACCUUUGUUAAAGUUUCCAAUAAAAGAUUGUUAAGCUACCAAGGAAAUAAUCUAAUCAAAUAGAUAAAUCAUAAAUGUGAGAUAAUUUU